UUACGGUUUUUCUUCUAUCCCUUUCCAUCUGUUUGAUGUGGGUCUAAAGAAGAACAACUUUAAACUUUCGGUAGGCAACAAGCAAUAACAUAUCGAGUAAAUCAUUGUGCCAUUUGCUUUGGGAUUGGAUCCAUAAUCAUUAAUCAAUAUUAUUCUUGCGGAAAGUAUUAAACCAUUUUCUUCCUUCCUCCCGCCGUUGCGCCGCUCUUUUAUUUAUAUAUUUCAAUCUUACCACCAUUCUUAUCUCUUUCGGACUUCAAUAAUGCCCAUAUUCGGCCAUCUACCAUAAUUAAUAUAAACAUAAAAUUACAGGAAUGAAGCAAAAUGGGAGCUUUAUAUCAUGGUUUGGUUGAGGAAAGAAAAUAAUUGCUUGUUUACAACUUCUCAUUAGUUUAAACCUGCUUACAACUUUGAUAAUUAAUUUUAACAGAACAGAACAGACUAACUCACGAGCUAACAAAUACAAAACCUUAAUGCUAAUAAGCUGGUUCUAAGAUAUUGAACCAUUCAAUAAUGAAACAGUGGAUAAAAUCAUAUAAUAAAAGGCAUUAUUGGAGCAAUAUGUUAGGGUGAUGUGUCCAAAGGCAAAUCAUAAUCAUUACAGAAAAACUGAAAGACAAUAUAAAUAUAAAGAAUCGAAAAAAAUAAACUGUGAAUAAAAUAUGGCCCUGGCAGAGGCAACACCAAUGCAGCGUUAGAGUUGCUAACCUUUUAAGAACAUAUGUCCCCAUUAAUAAUUACAGUUUAUAAUAUAUAAUACAAUGCUGAAGUACUGAUUUUCCAACUAGUCCUCUCAAUCUAUUAUAUAUAAACCCUAUUCAUUGCUAUCAAUCAGUCAUCACAAAAUGGGUGCACUUGAUUACCUCUCCCACUUUUGCACUGUAACCACCACUAGGACCAAGCACAAACCAAUGCAGACAGUUGAGAUCAAAGUGAGAAUGGACUGCGAUGGUUGCGAAAGAAGAGUCCGAAAUGCAGUCACUUCACUAAAAGGGGUGAAAUCUGUGGAGGUGAACAGAAAGCAGAGCAGGGUGGUUGUGAGCGGAUACGUGGAUCCAAACAAGGUGUUGAAGAGGGUAAGGAGCACAGGGAAGGUGAGAGCUAAGUUUUGGCCAUAUGUGGAGCAGCAUCUUGUGUACUAUCCAUAUGCCACAGGAGCAUAUGACAGAAGAGCACCUUCUGGAUAUGUCAGAAACGUUGUGCAGGCCUUUCCAGAUCCUCCCCAAGACAACUUUCUCUCCUUCUUCAGUGAUGACAACGUCCAUGCAUGUUCCAUCAUGUAAUCCAUUACCAUCUCCCUCAAAUCAAAUAAAACAAUAACCUUCUACUCUUCUUCA